GAUCUCUUCUGACAUCGCUGAGUGUAUUCUUCGCAUAGUUUUUUUGUCAGAAAUUUUCUCAGUUCAGUGAAAUGAAAAUGCAGUGGUUUAGCUUUUUAAUUGUGUUUCUGGGGAUUUUUAGUUUUUCAAAUUGUAGCCUAAGUGGACCCUAUCUUAUGUGGGGUCAUGAAAAGCUAAAUGAUUUGAAAUUACCAGCUCUAAUUGAGGCUGACGAACAAAGUCUUUCGACACUUUUCACUGAAGCAAAAGCUGUCGUGGUUUUCAUUCGAAACAAUACAAAUCGUUUAGAUGGCGAAAACUAUCCAAAGUUUCGUCAAUUGGUGAAUGAAAAUGCUUGGACUUAUUUGCCUCAGCAUACUUUGGCUGUGGAACCAUUUAAUUAUAAUACAAAUGUUGAGGUGAUAAAUCUUGUUGGACAAACGUCUCAGCAAGAUACAGAAAUUGUAGCCCUUUUCAAGGACUCAGUUACUAUCUAUGGCGAGGGUGAGGUUUUGGGUAUCCUGGCUUAUCGUGAUGAAGAAAUUCACUACAUGUACAAGCGAGAAGCUGCUAAUGAAGAACCAACAACAACUUCAAUAGCCCCAACUGAGGAACCUACCGAGACAAAUUUCAUUUAUAGAGCUCCAGGAAAAGCCAUAUUGUACACAACAACUGCACCAUUAUUGAAUAUGGAAAUCAAUGAUCAAAUGCAUACUCUUGCUUUGAUGGAACAUGACAAGGAAAUAACUUUUGAUGAUCGUAAUGACUGGAGCCGACUGAAUAUUGGAUUCAAAGUGAACAAUACCCGACUCCGAUUACGUUUCAAUUUCACUUUGUCUAACUAUCACUAUUGGUCCCUUACUGCUGUUGAAGUUGAAUAUAAAGAUAUUCGUAAUAGUUUGCCAUUAAUUGGAGAGGAACCAGUUGCGCCAGAAGGAUUCUCCUAUAGGUGCUCAUCCAAACCCCUAUUUUUCCGCAGUGAACAGGAUAAUCUUACAAUUCACGAUUAUCAAAUUCAACCAUGGAUGAAUGGUUUUGAUAGAUUUAGCGAUGCUUACCAUUGUGUUGGAUUUGUAACAGUACCAAUUUUAUCUGGGUUAUUUGUGAGUACCAUUUUGAUUGGUCUGCUAUUUUUGGGAAUCCUUGCCAUAAUGGAUAUUAAAACUCCAAAUAAAUUUGAAACAUCUCGUAGUAAACAACUAACAUUUACUGUUCAAGAAUAAAGUUUUUCGUAAUAAAAGUUAUAAAAAAAUAAAGUUAAAUGUAUAAAGUUGAUAGCAAUACAUAUUAAAUUAAAAAAAAUUGUCAUUAGGAAUGUCAUAAUCUCAUUAUUUUUGGUUGUGUUUUUGUUAAAGCUAUAAAAAAAUGUCUCCGAUAGUAUAAUAGUAAUAAUAUGAGAACAAAAAUAAUAAGCUAUAAUCUAUAAAAAUGUAUUCAUGCCCCAUAAAUCAAUGUAAAUUCCCAAAACACUAACCGAAUAAAAUUAUUGUU